AUCGAUUUUCAAUAUGAUAAUAGGAUGCAAAAUCUCCCAUUUCAAUACAAAUCAAAUCUUGAUCCGCAGCCAUGGAUGAAUCCCGAAAGCAUUCAUCACCGUUUUUACUCGUCUAUCUCCUGCUAAUCCGCUCCCUGUUUUCCACUGCAAGCGACACCAUAACCACCUCUGCAAGAAUCAGAGAUGGAGAAACACUCGUUUCAGCAAACGGAGUGUUCGAGCUCGGUUUCUUCAACCUCACCAAUUCCACCAAUCGCUACGUCGGAAUCUGGUACAGCAACAUAACCGUUCCUACUUAUGUGUGGGUCGCAAACAGAGAAUCACCGCUCACAGACAGAAACGGCGUGUUAACGGUAACGGCGCCUGGCGUCCUUGCUAUUCUUAACAGAACUAACGGCACCGUCUGGUCUUCGGCGUUGACGACUCCAUCCCCAAAUCCAAUCGCGCAAUUGCUCGAUUCCGGGAAUCUGAUCGUCAAAGAUGCAGGCGAUGAUGAUAAUGAUAACUUCCUCUGGCAGAGCUUCGAUUACCCCUGCGACACGUUGCUCGCCGGAAUUAGGCUAGGGUGGAACUACGUCACCAACGUGGAAACCUACAUUUCGUCGUGGAAAAGCGACGGCGAUCCCGCGAAAGGCGAGUAUUCGUCGCACGUUGACACCACCGGAUACCCGCAGAUGGUGCUGAAGAAGGGAGAGGCCUUCCAGUACAGGAUCGGGCCGUGGAACGGGCUCCGGUGGAGCGGGGCCCCCGACACGAGCAACGACCCGACCUACUCCGUCUCGCUGCAGAUGACGCGAGACGAGGUGCGUUACACGGAGGGCAGGGUCGGGGACUCUGUUUUGUCGAUAUCGAGGCUGAAUCCCAACGGGGAAGGAGUUCGCUCCACGUGGAACGAUCGGACAAAUUCGUGGACUACUUACACGAACGUGCCGGCUGACAACUGCGACAGCUACGGGCUGUGCGGUCCCCACGGCAGCUGCAAUGCGGGGACGUCCCCAUCGUGCGGAUGCCUCGACAGGUUCGUGGCGAGGGAUCCGGAGAGCUGGGGGCGGACGGACUGGUCGGAUGGGUGCGUCAGGAGGAUUGCGCUGAGCUGUGGUACGGAUAAGUUUUUGAAAUACUCUGCCAUCAAGCUGCCUGAUGCUCGGAACACUACUUACAAUGUGGAGAGGAGGAGCCUUGCGGAGUGCCAAUUGGAUUGCGCGAGGGACUGUUCGUGUGUGGCGUAUACGCAGCUCAAUAUCAGUGGCGACGGGAGCGGAUGCUUGUUCUAUCAUGGCGACUUGAUCGAUAUCAGGGUGAUGGCUUCGGCAGGCCAGGAUCUUUAUAUCAGGAUGGCUGCGGCUGAGCCUGGUGAUGUGGCGAGCACGAGCAGGAGUGGCGGAAAUGGAGGGAGAACAAGAACUAUAGUCAUAGCAAGUACUACGUCGGUAGUGGUGAUGGUUUUUGUGUGCGUAAUCCUCGUUUAUGUUUAUGGCCGGAGGAGAAAGAACGAUCCGAGUAUGAAUGAUGAAGUUGUAGGGCUGUUCAGUGCAACUCAUGCGAAAGAAGGGGAGCUGCCAUUCUUCAGUUUGCCUACAGUUUUGAAAGCUACUGAUAAUUUUUCAAACACGAACAAGCUGGGUGAGGGCGGAUUUGGACCUGUCUACAGGGGCUUGCUCGAAGACGGGCAAGAAAUUGCUGUGAAACGCUUGUCAAAGACGUCGAGCCAAGGAGUGAACGAGCUGAGAAAUGAAGUGAUGCUGAUAGCCAAACUCCAGCAUCGUAAUCUAGUGAGGACUCUUGGAUUUUGUGCUCAAGGAGAGGAGUACAUGUUGAUCUACGAAUACAUGCCUAAUCAUAGCCUCGACUUAAUAUUAUUUGACAAGGAAAAGAGUAGGCUCCUUGGCUGGCAAAAGCGCUUCGAUAUCAUCAACGGAAUCGCUAAAGGGCUACUCUAUCUUCAUCAAGAUUCGAGGCUGAGAAUCAUCCACCGCGACCUCAAAGCUAGCAACAUAUUGCUUGAUGCUGAUAUGAUUCCCAAGAUAUCCGACUUUGGAUUAGCUAGGAGCUUCGGAGGAAACCAAACCGAAGCUCAGACGCGCAGAGUUGUUGGAACAUACGGCUACAUGUCUCCAGAAUACGCUAUAGACGGGUUGUUUUCAGUCAAAUCCGAUGUUUUCAGUUUCGGUGUUCUCGUGCUGGAGAUCGUUAGCGGCAACAGAAACAGAGGAUUCCUCCUUAAAGACCACAAUCUCAAUCUUCUCGGACAUGCGUGGAGGCUUUACAUGGAAGAUAGUUCGAGAAAGCUACUCGAUCCUUGUCUGGAUGAGGCGUUCAACUGGGGACAAGUGGAACGUGCCAUCCACGUGGCGCUUCUGUGCGUGCAGAAUAGCCCAGACGACAGGCCAAGCAUGUCGUCUGUGGUGUUCAUGCUGGGGAAUGAAGUGGCGCUGCCGCAGGCGAAGCAGCCGGGUUUCUUCACGGAGAGAGACAUUUCUAUUGAUCACAACAGCUCUAGCAGCUCUAAUCCCACAGCUACGCAUAAUGAGCUUACAAUCACUUGGACACAAGGUAGAUAGAAAUCAAAAUUGUUGUAUAGUGUGUUGAUUAUAUGUGUAAUUAGAAUAGAGUGAAAGACAGAGAAAGAGAGAGGUGUGUAGAAAUACUGCCAUUUAUUUGAAAUUUUGAUGCUUGAAAUCUUAGCUGGGGUCUUAAGAUAUUCACUCCACAAAA